AUGCAAGGGGUCCUGGCCAUGUCUGCGCGCCACCUUUCCAUUAUCCGGCCCGAGAGGUCGGCGCUUUACCUCGAUCAGGCAGUUAGGCUACAGACCAGAGCGAUCAAAAUGUUCAACAUGACGCACAAUGAAGGAGGCAGGGAGAAAUGUGUAGCCCGGCUUCUGUUUUCCUCCGUCCUCGGCCGCCACAUCUUGGCCGACGUGCUUCGUGAUGACGGCUUGGACUUCCCCAAUUUCCUGUCCCGCUUCACUCAAGGCGUCAGAAUUCAUGGCGGAGUCAAAGCUGUCGCCGCUCAACAAAAUUGGGUUUCACUUCUAGAGACAGAAUUUGGUCCGUUGAUGACCAGGGGGUUGGCUGCGGAUAUGUGCGACCAAAUCAUUGAGCCAAACGAGGUUUUGCAGUCUCUCAUAGCUCACUCACCCAACUUUAAUGAGGAAGAAAGGUCAGCGUGUGAGAUGGCACUUCGACUAGUAGAUACGGGCCUCCACGACCUGAGAGAUCCGACUAGGGUUGAGUGUGGACGGCGGAUGAUGUUUACCUGGUCGAUCAUGGUACCGGAUCGUUACAUUUCCCUUCUGGAACGCCAGAUUCCGGAGGCGCUGGUGGUGUUAGCAAGAUACAGCAUGUUCCUGCACUUUGGUAGGAGCUUUUGGCAGAUCGGAGAAGGUGGGCCGUAUCUUCUUCAUGCCAUCAGUGCUUAUCUAGGACCAAUGUGGCAGCCCUGGCUAUCGUGA